UACGUCAUGCGACGUCCGUUUUAAAGCGUGACGACUUCCGUUUUUGAUCCACGUUUUCUCGCAGGAGCUCUUAACGCCAAAAACACGACUUUGAAUACUAAAGAUGAGGCCGUUAACAGAGGAGGAAACAAAAACGAUGUUUGAGAAGCUGUCGAAAUACAUUGGUGAAAACAUAAAGCUUCUUGUGGACCGACCUGAUGGUACAUACUGUUUCAGGCUACACAAUGAUCGUGUGUACUACAUGAGUGAGAAAAUCCUUAAGUUGGCGACAAACAUUUCCCGGGACAAGCUCAUUUCAGUGGGUACAUGCUUUGGGAAGUUCACAAAGACCAAGAAAUUCCGCCUGCACAUCACAGCGCUGGAUUUCCUGGCACCUUAUGCAAAGUUCAAGGUGUGGGUAAAACCUGGAGCAGAGCAGUCUUUCCUGUAUGGGAACCACGUGCUAAAAUCAGGCCUCGGGAGAAUCACUGAGAACACUAUGCAGUAUCAAGGAGUUGUGGUUUAUUCCAUGGCUGAUGUGCCUCUGGGUUUUGGAGUGGCAGCCAAGACGACUCAGGAGUGUCGGCGAGUGGACCCCAUGUCCAUUGUCGUGUUCCACCAGGCAGAUGUGGGGGAGUUCAUUAGGAGUGAAGACACAUUAACAUAAAGAUGUAGCAAACAACUGGACUGUCAAAUCUUUUUCUUCUCUAUUGCAUACCCAUGUGCAUUCAUUGAAAUUCACAACAGCAGCAGCUUGUUUUCAGCUGCUUUCUUUUACUACUGAGGAUUUUAUAGGGACAUGGUUGGACUAUAUUUCUCUGCAGUGCAUGGACUGAAACACUCACCUUGAAGUACUGUUUUUCUGCCACCUAAAAAGCCUCUGUUGUAUCAAAUGUCAAAAUGAAGGGAGUGUGUUUCUGUGUGCAUGUUUCUUGUAAAUGUCAUUUUUAAAAUAAAUCGAUGAAAACUUAGUAUUUCAGUCGUGGGAGGCUUUCAGUAUAGGGCUGUAGUAAAGACAUAACUUUUUAUGUUUUGAAAAAAAACAAAGGUACAACUAAUCUUAAAAUUAUGAAACGUGAACAUUUAUUGAAUUAGCUUUGAUCAUGAGUAACCGUGUAAAAAAGGUAUUCAACAAAGACAAUAACAGAUUCAUCUGAAAAUAAAAUUCUUUUGAUGGACCAAAACAA